AUGGAGGGAUUUCGCAGGCAGGGGGAGGAUGCUCCGCGGACUGCAGGGGUGGGGUCUCUGGGGCUGCAGCUCCCUCUGCUGAUUCGGCUGCAAAGCGGGGCGGCGGCCGGGCCAGGUGCUCUGCGCAGUUCCUCCAGCGGGCGCCUGCAGCUCCGGGACCGCUCCCCUCCGCCGCCUCCUGCCGCCGGCGCCCCGGGCUCCGCUCGCUCAGCAUCCCCCAUGGCCAGCCUGGCUGCGGAGAUCAUCGCCUUCCUGCUGGCCAUCUCGGGCUGGGUGCUGGUCUCCUCCACGCUGCCCACGGACUACUGGAAGGUCUCCUCCAUCGACGGCACCGUCAUCACCACCGCCACCUUCUGGGCCAACCUCUGGAAGACCUGCGUGACCGACUCCACCGGCGUGUCCAACUGCAAGGACUUCCCCUCCAUGCUGGCACUGGACGGUUAUAUACAAGCCUGCAGAGGACUCAUGAUUGCUGCUGUCAGUCUUGGAUUCUUUGGCUCCAUAUUUGCACUGGUUGGGAUGAAGUGUACGAAAGUUGGAGGCUCAGAUCAGACUAAAGCUAAAGUCGCUUGUUUAGCUGGGAUGAUUUUCAUACUUUCUGGGUUGUGCUCUAUGACUGGUUGCUCCCUGUAUGCGAACAGAAUUACAUCUGAAUUCUUUGAUCCUACUUUUAUUGCACAAAAGUAUGAAUUAGGAGCAGCUUUAUUCAUUGGAUGGGCUGGAGCAUCACUUUGCAUAAUUGGUGGCAGUAUAUUCUGCUUCUCAAUAGCUGGAAACAGUAAAUCCCCAAGAAUGGGGUACACAUAUAAUGGAGCCACAUCUGUGAUGUCUUCUAGGACAAAGGUCCACAAUAGUGCAGCAGAUUUUAAAUCACCAAAAGGCCCUCCAAAGCACUUUGACAAGAAUGCUUAUGUUUAAUUGUACUGUUCUAAGAUACAAAGCCAGUUUUCAAAUCAGUUUGUACAGUUCAUUCACAGAGUGAUUUCCACAUGAGUACCAGCAUAAUCACCACCAGGACAAUGAAUUUUUAAAAUAUUAACUUGCAGCAUUUUACAUAUUGAUGUAAAUUUUCUUAUACAAUAUUUUAAGAUUUAUG